CGGCUGCUCUGUCGGAGCUGGAGGCGUGCCUUCAGCCCGCGGAGCAGCGUUUGUUUCAGGUGCUACGUUUCCUCCGGGCAGAGAUGCAGGUAAUGGAGAUUAAGGCAGUCGCGUCCAUAGAAGAGCUUCGAUUGGCGAUCCGACGGCGCAGCACUGGAUUCUCCAGCCGGAGCAGCAUGGCGGGGAAGGUUGGGACGCGAUGCUGGGUGCACACGUCCAGGUGUUGGCCACCCUCUGCGGGGGCAGAGGGAAUCCCUGAGGCCGGUGGAGAGGAAAAGAGUGCAGGCGGUUCCAACAAUAGGAGGGACAUGGAAUCCACAGAGAGGGUGCCGAACAGGCAAGUGCCGGGGUGCCGAAUGGAGGGGGGAACGCUGCCAGUGCGUGGCACAGGAAGGGUGCCCAGGCAGCGGUUCUGCCCCUGUGUUUCUCUUUGUUGCAGGGACGGACCCUGGACAAGCAGUAGGACCCCCUUCGUUGGGGACCUGCCCUCAGAAGUCGGACCAUCUUUUGAAGGAUCUCUCCGCUGGCGUGCGGGUGCCACCAUGGCUGGAGGAGGCUGCAAGGGAGCGAGUGGCUCCGAACAAAGGGGCGCGGAGGCCUCGGAGGGGGUGCCAAAAGAAGGGGCCCCAGGGUGCCGGAAAAAGGGGGGACCGCGACCUGUGCGAGGCACAGGAGAGCACCAAGUGGUGGUGCUCAGGCCGCAUCUCCGCCCCUAUUCCUGUUUGGAGAGCAGGACCGGACUCCGGCUGUCCCCGCUUCAUGGGUGCACCAUUUUAAAACCAAGCUGA